AUGACCUUCAUCCAUGAAGGAAACCACACACUGGUAGAGAAUCUCAUCAACUUUGAGAAGAUGAGAAUGCUGGCCAGAGCUGUCCGGAUGCUGCACUGCUGCCGAAGCCACAGCAACGUGCCGCUGUCGCCGCUCAGAAGCCGCGUAUCCCACCUCCACGAGGACAGCCAGGCCGCGAGGACAUCCACGUGCUCCGAGCAGUCCCUGGGCACCCGCAGUCCGGCCAGCACCUGGGCUUAUGUCCAGCAGCUGAAGGUCAUCAACAACCAGCGGGAGCUCUCCCGCCUCUCCCGGGAGCUGGAGCCAUGAGGCGGCUGGGGCUGGAGCAGGCACUUCCGGGCAGGAAAGCCAGGGCACGCCCGGGCCAAGAGGCCCCCAGGCCGGCCGCAGCUGGGCAGGGCUCUCCGCGGACUGGACUCGCGGCCCUGGAGCGGGCAGCGUGGCGGCGGCCGUCCCCCGUGAUGACGGGCGCCCGAGGAGGACCUCGAGUGGAAUGAGCCGGGGCCCAAGGCCAAGGAAUGGGGGACAGAGAGGCCCUGGAGCGGGCGGGAGAGCAGGGCAGGCGCUGGGACUCUGUGUUCAAUAGAGAGCUCUCCACACCAGGUUUUUCCCCCAGG